AUGCACCGCCCCCAUCUACUCUUCCUGGAUGCCUAUGACUCCUUUAGCAACAAUAUCAUCAAUCUGCUUCAACAGGAUCUCAAUGCCACUGUCGAAGUAAUCAAAAUCGAUGAUAAAAGAUUCGCCAAAACUCAUAAUGCAUCCUUCCACGCCUUCCUCGGUCGAUUCGAUGCUGUAGUUGCUGGUCCUGGUCCUGGAGAUCCUAGGAACCCGCAUGACUUGGGUCUCAUCGGCAAACUGUGGAACCUACCAGACGAAGUCUGCUUGCCAGUCCUGGGUAUAUGUCUUGGGUUCCAAAGUCUCGCCUUGGCCUUUGGUGGCACAGCUGAUAGACUCCACCAACCUCGCCACGGUCUCGUCACGGAAGUCUCUCACCAAGGUCAAUCACUGUUUAAAGACAUCGGUCUCCUCACGGUCACUCAGUAUCAUUCGCUUCAUGCAAAACUCGGCCAUACUGUACCUAAGAAUUCCCCGGAGCUAUGGAAGAUCACUCCAAGCUGCCCGGAUAUUGUACCACUGGCUUGGGAUCUGUCGGAUGAUCAAAAUGGUCCAAUCCUGAUGGGUAUCAGACACUCAGACAAACCUUUCUACGGUGUGCAAUACCACCCAGAGUCUAUCUGCACGAGCUCUGCUGGUGCAAAAAUCAUCCACAAUUGGUGGUCCGAGGCUUUAGCUUGGACUAUCGAUCGGGCAGCUAGAGUCCAGAGAAAAGAACUACCGAUUCCAACAAGAUUUGUCAGCUGGAAGUGUGUUGAAAUGUGCUCUGACAUUGUUGAUGUGGCUCUAUUGCUCCGGAACCUGCAAGACAUUGAUCAACAGGCAAUCAUGCUAGAGUCUGGUAGCAAGAACGGACAGCCAGUACGACCUGAGACCGGCCGUUUCAGCAUAAUCGGUUGUGCCAAAAACGCCCCUUCCAUUCGAUACUCCACGGGAAAUCACAUAAUCACCAGCGACCUCUCAGGCUCAAACACGUCAUGUCCAGGAUCCAUGACAGAAGUUUGGUCUGAAGUCGAAUCGUUCAUGAACGCAAACCGAGCAACUGACGGGAGUGCUGACAUACCAUUCUGGGGAGGACUCGUUGGUUUCGUGUCUUACGAAGCUGGCUUGGAGACGAUCGAUGUUUCGCAACACACAAACAACGAUCGCCCGGAUGUCUGGUUCGUCUUUGUGUCACGCAGUAUCGUUGUCGAUCACGUUGAGAGGAAAGUUUACAUUCAAAGCUUGGAAGGAGAAGAUGAUUGUUGGUUCGAAAAGGUCGAAGCGACUGUAAAGGAGCUCAUCGAAAAGCCCAGCGCAAGCCGAUCUACGCGCAGUGACAAAACAGAGCCAAUACUACCUGCGAUUGCUGCUCCGGGAGAGGCAGAGUAUGUGCGAAAGGUCGAAGCUUGCCAAAAUCACAUCCGUGCUGGAAGUUCCUACGAACUUUGCUUGACUGACCAGAGCAUUGUUUCGUACGAUGAAGGGUUACAGCCGAAUUCAUUUGAGCUCUAUGAACGAUUGAGGAGCUUCAAUCCGGCACCCUUUGGCGCCUUCCUCCGACUGAAACAAGAGGAACAAAAGGGAAACGGUGUCACCAUUCUAUCUUCAAGCCCAGAACGAUUUUUGUCUUGGUCGCGAGCUGGAAAGUGUCAGUUCAGACCUAUCAAAGGCACUGUGGAGAAGAAGAAUGGUCUUACAAGGAAAGAAGCAGAAGCAUUGUUGAAUGUGGACAAGGAACGGGCUGAAAACCUGAUGAUCGUCGACUUAAUCAGGCACGACCUGCACGGCGUCGUGGGCUCUGGAAAUGUCAAAGUUGAGAAGUUGAUGGCCGUCGAAGAGUACCAAACUGUUUUCCAGCUUGUGUCAGUCAUUGAGGGACAGCUGCAAGAAGGAUCAAGACAUAGCGGCAUUGAUGUGUUAGCAGCUUCUCUUCCUCCAGGAUCCAUGACGGGUGCACCAAAGAAACGAUCAUGCGAGUUGUUGACAGAAAUAGAGGGGAACGCAAGAGGCAUCUACAGUGGUGUGCUUGGGUAUUUUGACGUCGGAGGAGGUGGAGACUUCUCAGUUGUGAUUCGAACUGCUUUUCAGUGGGAUGAUGAAGGUGUAUGGCGCAUCGGAGCAGGUGGAGCAGUUACUGUGCUGUCCUCGCCGAAGGCUGAGUUUGAGGAGAUGGAUUUGAAGCGGCAAAGUUGUUUGCCGCUGUUCGGACAUCGUCGGGGCCCUGCGAGGUAA